AUGAGACAUCUUGGAAAGCACCUCAACAUGGACUCGCACGACUUCCAAGAAAACUCAGAGGGAACAAAUAACUUGGACGAACUUCCAGAUAUCAAAAUAGAGUUCCCCAAGUUUAUACUAGACGACAAUCUCAUUAAAACUGACUUCUUAAGUGACGAAGACUGUUCAAACGAAGGUCAUCUAACGUUCGACCUUCAUCAUGACAGCGACAGCUCAGAAGAGUUAGACUCUUUGACCAAAAGUGUGAGGAAGAAUCGAAGAAAAGCAGCUGCUCCCCAGAGGGCCGUCCAGAUUGAAAUUAGUCAGUCGGGGUCUAUGGAAAAUAGUUCGGAAUCGUCGCAAGAUAAUACUGAUACUUUGACCUUUACUAAUAUUCAGAAUUUGAGUUUGAAACUGAAGGUUGAAUCUUUGCUGGAUUUUGGGGAGGCAGACGAAUUGUGUGAAGAUCUAUUGCAGAAUAUUAACGAGGAUGAUAUUUUUAAAGAUCUACAGGAUGAGGCAGACGGAGAAGCAAUUGAUGAUGAGAUGAUCGUGAACGUCAAAGAAGAGUGGAGAGCACACUGGGGUGUCAAAUGCAAUAUGUGCGAACAGGUCUUCCCGUUCAAAACAGAGUUCGAUAAACAUUAUAUUACUAAUUAUAAUCUAAUUCCGGUGUAUACGUGUACAUUUUGCAACAAAUCUGCCGAGAAAUACUCUACGUUUCGCUCACAUUGUUAUAGACACAUAACUGAAGGUCGCUAUAAAUGCCAAUACUGCCCAAAAGGAUUUAGCCUGCAAAGUAUGUUACAUGUGCACAUUUUAGCAAAGCAUACCAAAGUCAAGCCACAUAAUUGCGAAGAAUGCGGUAAGACAUUUGUUACUAAACCAGGGUUAAAGAUACACCUCAAGAAACACAAGACUGAAACAAAGGAGGAUUAUCCGUGUGUAGAAUGUGGGAAAGUAUUACACACCAGAGGAGGUUUAACAUCGCAUAUGAACGUCCACAGACUCGGGAGACGAUUUAUGUGUGAUGUCUGCGGAAAAACUUUUACACAAAAAGUCAAUAUGCAGCAACACGUGAAGCAACACACAGGGGAUAAACCUCACUGUUGUAAUAAAUGCGGGAAAACGUUUGCUGAAAAAUCUCAUUUAGUUCGCCACUACAGCUUCCACAGUGAGGUCAGACCGUUCAAGUGUGAAGUUUGCCAAAAAAUGUAUAAGACUGAGAGGUGUUUGAAGGUGCACAGCCUAGUCCAUGCGGCAGCUAGACCCUUUGUAUGUGGAUAUUGCAACAAAGGAUUUUUGAGUAGCACAAAAUUAAAGCAACAUUAUAACAUACACACCGGAGAACGCCCGUAUAAAUGCAAGUACUGCGAACGCACUUUUACCAAUUAUCCCAAUUGGUUAAAACAUACGAGAAGGAGACAUAAAGUUGACCACAAGACUGGAGCGGAAUUGCAGCCUAAGGAAGAACCGCCGUCGACCCCUUCGACGCCUAUGGCACUGCCUGCAACGCCUACUAUGUCAGUGUCGCCUCCUAUUGUAAAUCCUUCAGCAACCAACAUCUUGUCUUCUACCAGUCCACAGAUUAUAUCCAUUGGCAAUACACCUCUGGAUACAUCUGCUGAUAUCGUUCCUGUGCUGUCAGAUGUUAAUUUCACAAAAGUAGAGGAAUUGCUGUUGCAGAAUGGCCUAUUCAACUUUCCGCUAAUAGAUGAUAAGAUUUUCUUUAGUCAACAAAUGGACUUUCUUGCUGGAAAUUCGAGCAAUUCUGUGGGUCUCCUAGUUCCAUACUUCCAAACGCAGUUGCCAAGCCACCAGACAAUACUACAACACACAGCUCAGACGAUCUUGCCCGUCCAGUUGAAUGAUCCAAGUAUUUUUCAGUAG